AUGGGGAAACGUAAUAAAAAGUUUGGUGGCGGGAAUCGUGGAACACGCCCUGCAAAUUAUGCGCCAAUAGAUAAGAGCAACGAAAAGUUUGAGACCUAUUAUAAUAGCCUCGGAAUCGUCCCGGACGAUGAGAAGGAACAGUUCUGGGAUGCGCUGCGGCGCGAUCUUCCCAACAGCUUCCGAUUCACUGGCUCCCGAAAACACGCUCUUGCGGUCCAGGAACGUUUAAAGGAUUUUUACAUUCCCAAUAUUACUUCCAUCCGAUAUGAAGGGAAUCUUGUCGAGCCACCUAGGCCGCUUUCAUGGUACCCAGAUCAAUUGGCCUGGCAUAUGACAACCCCAAAGCAGGUCGUUAGACGUUUCCCACCGUUCGCAUCGUUCCAUAAAUUCCUCGUUUCGGAAACCGAAGUUGGAAAUAUUAGUCGCCAGGAGGUAGUUAGCAUGAUUCCGCCACUGUUGUUAGAUGUGCGACCCGGCAUGGUUGUGCUAGACAUGUGUGCUGCCCCGGGAAGUAAAUCCGCACAGUUGAUGGAAAUGAUCCAUGCGGGUGAGGAGGAAAAAAUGAAAAAGCUGGCUGAUAAACUUGAAAACAAUGAUGCCCAGGCAGCUCGUCAGCAAGGCAAAGUUGAGAUUUCCGAACUAUUGAAUGGGGACGCCGAUAUGGAAGGGUUUGAAGACGAUGGUAGAUCCACUGGAUUGCUUAUCGCAAACGACAGCGAUUACAAACGUGCCCACAUGUUAAUCCAUCAAAUGAAGCGACUUAAUUCCCCUAACCUUCUCGUCACUAAUCAUGAUGCUACUUUGUAUCCUUCAAUUAGGCUACCUGGUUCCCCUACGGCGGCAGGGAAACGCGCUCCGAAUCGAUAUCUCAAGUUUGACCGAAUUCUAGCCGAUGUCCCGUGCUCAGGUGACGGAACCGCACGAAAGAACGUCAACGUGUGGAAGGAUUGGAACCCGGCUAAUGGCAUCGGCUUGUUUCCGACCCAAAACAGGAUCCUUAUUCGUGCAUUGCAGAUGCUCAAACCUGGAGGGCGCGUGGUGUACUCUACAUGCAGUAUGAAUCCAGUCGAAAACGAGGCCGUGGUUGCAAGCGCAAUUAAACACUGUGGCGGCCCCGAAAAGGUCCAGAUCAUUGAUUGUAGCAAUGAACUGCUUGGCUUAGUAAGAUCCCCUGGUCUUACUUCCUGGACGGUGAUGGAUAAACAAGGUCGGAUCUGGAAUGCCUGGAAAGAAGUUGAAGAAAAAAUCAAUAAUGGAGAUGAGACCGUUAAAAGGGUAGUAGAGGGGAUGUUUCCACCGCCUAGUGAUGACCAGUCUAUCGAUUUAACACGGUGCAUGCGGGUGUAUCCCCAUCAACAGGAUACUGGCGGGUUCUUUAUUACAGUUUUGGAGAAAAGGUCUGAAAUCAAGGGCAAGUCAGAAGGCCAAAAUACUCCCGCACCGAAACGUGCACGGGCCGAAGAGGAUGCUUCCCAGGACACGACGCCUGUGCCCACAGUAGGGGGCGAGUUCGAGGUUCCCCCUGUCGAUGAAGAUAGCCGGAAUGUGGCAACGGAGGAUGCUCUACAUCCUAAACGUAGCUCAGACCAUCUUGACGGAGAGCCCGAAACCAAGCGGGCCAAAACAUCAGAUAGCGUUGAAGUCAGCAAUGCUGUAACCAAAUCAGAAGCGGUGCAAACGAAACAACCCGACGCCACGCCUUUCCGCUCGAGAAAGCAGAAGGGAGGGCAACAAUUCGAGGAGCCAUUUAAGUACCUGGACACCCAACUUGAAGAAUUUCGAACAAUUUUCAAGUUUUUCGAACUGUCCCCUCAGUUCCCCAGGGAUAGGUUCAUGGUACGGAAUCCUGAAGGCCGGCCCCUCAAGACUAUUUACUACACCACCGCCCUGGCGCGUGAUAUCCUGACUGAAAAUGAAGGAACCGGGAUGAAAUUCGUGCAUUGUGGGGUGAAGAUGUUUGUGAAGCAGGACGUUCAGCGCCCCGACGUUUGUCCCUGGAGAAUCCAAAAAGACGGGCUUACACUACUUGAGCCGUGGAUUGGGACGGGAAGAACAAUCAAGAUCUAUAAGAAGGAAACAUUGCACAAGCUGCUGGUAGAAAUGUUCCCCAAAGUCAGUGAUGGGGGCUGGAGGGAACUGGGAGAGAUUGGCGAGUGGGCAAGAGACAUUGAUAUGGGGUGCUGCGUAUUAAAACUCGAGCCCACUGAUAGUGAAGACGGGUUUCAUGAGCAUCUGAUUUUACCCCUGUGGAGAAGUCUCCACUCCCUGAAUCUGAUGCUACCCAAAGAGGAGCGCCGUGCCAUGCUUCUACGCCUGUUUAACGAUGUAUCUCCUCUUAUCAACACCACUCAGAAAAGGGACGCAGUUGCAGCUCAAGCAAGCGGCGAUGCCCUUGGGACACCUCAAGAGGCUGACAGCGACCAGCAAGAUAAAGCUGCAGAUGAUAGAUUACCCAGCAGAGAGGAGGAGGAGGCUAUUAAAAAUGAGAAUCUUGCACUCGGCCAAGAGGAGCAAGAUGCAAUGAACGCAAGAGAGAGUUAUCAUCAGGUUGAAGGGGAGCCUGAUGUGAUGAAUACAACAGUAUAG